UGCUAGACUGAACAUAAAAAAAGAUAACUUAUUAUUGUAGCAAAUCGGUACUUAGUGUAGAAAAUGCUUCUCUUGGCAUUAUUUAAACUCAUUAUCUACUAUUUUCGAGACCCUAAACGUUGAUAUCUUUAUCACUGGCAUGUUUCCCUUUCCUACGCAGCAAUCAACACCUUAAGAUAUAGCUCUUAAUUACACGUUGGAACAUUUCUAUCCAAACCCACCGAUAACUCAAUGAUACAAACCAAUCAAAUUCCAUCCCUUACCUGACAAUUGCCUGAGGCGUGCUAGCAUAACGAAAGCAAGUAGAGGAAAAGCAACAACACACGCGUACAAUUCAUUUACUCUUUGGUCUGGUUUUACCCACCCGAUGGGCAGUUGUUGAACCAGUGAAACAAAGCUGAAACAAAUGUACAUUUCUCCAUACGUUUAUGAGUUAUGUAGUGAAUGAGAUCAAAAGUUAUGCUGCUACCGUUCCUGACAACCAUCACACCCCAUGCUACAACCCGUGGCACUAGUUAUCAAUGUUCGACAAGCUCCAUUUCUUCCAAUUGCUGAUCCUUUUACAUUCGAAUCGGUCCGCCACACGCAACACAUUCAAUGUUCCAAAAUCUCACCCCAUCCCACCGGGCGUGUCGUCCACCGUGGACCACCGAUCGUCCACUUUCGCUCAUUUCCAAUCCCAAUUAAAAGCGAAAUUGGAACUGCUCGAAUACGUUUGAAUGGCAUUUCCGAAUGGGACAACGGUGUGUUUUGUCUGCAUAUUUUCAACAAGGUAGCCACUGUUUGCCACAUUAAUAUGCUAUUUUCGAGGUGAGCUUUAAAGGGAGAGAAAGAGAACGAUAAAAAAGGGUACAUUUAUGGCACAUCUCUUAGCACAUAAACAGUUCAAUCAAAAAACGCCCCAAAACCACACCGUUGACAGUGACAGCGAAGGGCAAAACGGAAAGGAAUUAAUACAGAAGAAAUUGGUUGACGCAAUCUAUUUACCCCUAACCUGAGCACACCUGUCGUUGGGCUCACGUUUCAUCGCGCGGGGAUAAAUAGAUGUGAGCACGUGAGAAAGCGAAUGGGUGUCACAGAAGUAAAAGCUGCUCACCAAAAACAAAUAACAAACAAAAAACACACUCCGAUCUCAUGACCGAUCGAGUAAGAUCAGCCAAAACAAUCGGUCGACAGACAGGCGACCGUUUUCCCAACCCGAAGCCGGUUGACUUAAAUCAUGCAGUGAAACGGUAUUCGGUAGCAACAUCUCUUCGCAGUCUCCGUGUUCCGAUCGACGUGAAAAGUAGCAUUUUAUGAGAGCUGUUUUUUAUGGUUAAAUAAAUACAAAAAAUUAAUCGCAUCUAAAAUAUCCAGCAAGUGGACAAAAAAUAGCAAAACACUGCAAAAUGGACGAUUAAUGUGAAAGUGAUGAUAUGUGGUGUAUUUGGGAAUUUUCCCAUACUCAUACGGGAACGAUGGAAUGGUGAUGGUUCCGAUAGCAUGCCACAAAACCCGUGCAUCUGGUGGAUUUAAGACGACUCAAGUGUUUGGGAGACUAGAAGUGAAGGUGAAAUUAAUCCUGUGCAAUAGAUACGACGCGUAAACCAUUCCAACGGACUGCCAUACAACUCACCGCUCACCGUUGGCAUGCUACCGGGCGAUCUGUUUCUCAGCGGUCCGGGGCUGCCAGGGUCAACGAUGAAGUUGACACCGGGCGUGGGGAUGACGUUGCUGAUCGGUAUCGCCGGUAGCAUCUUUCUCGUUACCCAAAGUCACCGAUUGUUGCGCAGUAAACUCAGCCAACGACGGCGUUCUUCCCGGAAGCCUGAUGCGGCAGAGUGUUACAUGUGUAACGUAAAUAUCGAGCUCGAAAGUACAGACAGCUUCGCAACAUGCCGCGGUUGCGAAAAACUGGUCUGCCGCGGCGAGAACUGCUGCCAGUGGGUGGAAUCGAUCGGUAUCUGGGAAUGUACCGGGUGUCAAUCGAAUCGCGUAAUCCAGCAAAAGGCGGGCGAAUGGUUGCUGAAUCAGUUAACCGCCCGACUAAAGCAACCCGGUCCGGUGGAACUGAAGGAACCCAAUCUACUUGGGCUUGGUUUGGACACUGAUGACGCGCGGAGUACGACCAGCUCGACGGUUUCGGCUAACCAGCGUAUUAAGGUGCGAGAAUUCAUCGAGGAAUUGCUGUCGACCAUGCUGCACGGUCCACUGGACGAUGUUUCCGUUGGGCAGCUAAUGAAACAUGAAAGCUAUAUAAGACUUUUUCGCAAGUUCCACACACGUUUGAGCAGGUGUCUGUACAAUCUUGAACUCUCGAUCCAUCACUCACUAAUGUCGGAUCUACCGCUAUGGGAAGGUCAACAGCAGCAUCACAGCCCGAGCGAUCAGCACUUCGAGCUGAAGCGACUGAUACAGAAGAUUCUGGAAGAGAUCGCCAAGCUGCCGGAGCUGCUGAACCACAGUGGCCUUCCGCUACGGCCGGAAGAGCAUCUGCCGUACUUCGAUCCGAAGAAGUACGAACAGCUGUUAGCCACUGCGGUAUUGAAUAAGGUGGUGGACGACUAUCGGAAUCCGAAAAACUUCACUAACAGUGGUGACGUGGCAGGGAAUUCGUCCGGUGCUGCCACACCGUACGGUACAGUUGACAUCAACCACAAUCAGCUGUCCAACGAGGGCAGCCAUCGGGUUUUGCUGAACAAAGAAACCCUCCGACAGAUGUCCGUAACGGCUGACGACGUCCAUUUGCACGAAGGCGUCAGCUAUACAGCACCCGGUGAACGACGGCUCUCCGAUACAGACGAAUCGUACCUAAGCGAUUACAUCCAACGGCACAAAGUACCACUGCCCGAUCUGUCCGAUACGACCGGUUCCGGUUCUGGCGCUGAGGACGACGAUUUGCAAUCACUCAAAUCGAACGCCACCGAUGGUACGUGGGAGGAGAAUUGGCUUUUUCGCAAGCGGCAACUAAAAACGACCGAAUCCUCGAUCGCCAUGCUCGUGCCAUCGCCGACGGAAGAGGUGAAAGCGCUGAUCGGAGACAAAAAUGCGGACGAGAUCAGUGAUCUUUCGGAGGCGGGAUCGGACUGUGAAGGGUACGAGUCGGAUGGUAAUGUGAAUGCAAAAACAGCCCCCGAGCAGCAACGCCCGGCAGUGAUAGCAACGAGCAGUAAGGAUACUAGCGAGGGUAUAUCCUCCUCGUCCAAAACACAAGAUUCGUUGGAAGAGCAUCUGCCUCCUGAUAGUCUCGUGUCGAUCAACUCACUGCCGGUCAAUGAGGAUGUCCUGUCGGAGGCUACCAACAGUCAGCUGCUGGCGGAACAGUCGACACAGAACCAACCGAACGGUCACAGUACUGCUGGUUUGCAGAUCGAUGAUCUGAUCAGCAUGGAACCGGUAGCGGAGAAGGUAGAGACUACCAAUCCUGCCAUUACGAAUCCCUUCCUGGAUGAUGUUUUCGAGGCAAACAAUAACGUCAUUACCGAUGAUGUGAAGUUACUCCAGCGCACCGAGGCCGGUGACAAUCGCAGUUCCGCCACCGAAUCCAACGGUUACGGUGACCGAAAAGAAAUCCCAAUAGAUCGAGUGUCGCAACUGCUGCUGCUGGAAACCCGAUCACCACCAGACUCUCCGAUACAGCAAGUCUUGUCACCCCAUCCGAUCAUGAUGACGAUAACGGAUGUGUUUGAUCGGCUUGCGAACAGUUCCCCACUGACAGCCAUCUCCGAGGAGCAACCACCUGCCACGUUGCACGAUAUGGUUGAAACGGAACCGAUCCAAUCCACGGAACCGAACGAGACAACGCUGGAAGUCAUCGUAGAAGAGGGUUCUCUGUCAGUGGAAGUGAAACAGCCAGCACUCCUUCCGACGGACAGUAUACAAACGGAACCGGAUGAUGAGUACGAGUAUCGAACGAUAUCGGAAGCAACCAAUAACAGUCUUCCAUUGGCAGAAUCGUUCGAUGGAUUAGAAUCAUUUGAUGCGUACGAACCAGCUAACGAUGUCAGCUUCCUCACCGGACAGGACGAUGAGUUCUGUUCGUUGUUGGAAGAAAAUUAUCCCGAUCGUACCACGAAGGAAACAUCACCCGAGUUGCUUCAGAUACGUGAAACUCCACCAGCAGCUCUUUAUGUAAGCAAUCACGAUCAGCUGGAAUUUUCCGAGCAGCUAAAGACACUGGAACAGACACCCGUUGCCAGCAAGCGGGAUCCAUUUGAAUGUACCGAAGAAGACACACCAGCUCGAAUAACGCUUCAACCAGAUCUGGUAACGUUCGACAACAAUGCACCCAGUCCGGAAGGUCCACCGGGGAUUGCUGCCGUAACGGAACAGAUGCGUGCUUACUGUGAGGAACUGAAAAGCAUUUUGAACCAUCCUGCUGAGCUGUCCGAUGAGCUUAUUCCACCCUCUCUGGAACCGGAACAGUGGGAAAUGGUAGAAUCACCCGAAGUUCUUGAUGCUCUUGCCGCAUUUCAGGAGGAGAUGCAGAUUGCCGUAAACGAUCCAGCACAAACGGAAGUUCGUCCGUGUAAAGGUCAUACAAUACGCGACACGCCUCUGGUUGAGCUGGACGAAUGCUUUCCUAGCCCGAUAGAGAUAGUAGGUUUGCAGAUGGCUGAAUAUAGUGAAAGCAUGAAGAACAUAGAAUACGUCCAGGAAGCCAUUGUGAUGGAUGAAGAAACGGUACCACUGCCGGAGUGUUCCAUCGAGACGAACGAGUCCCCGCAAGCGUUACGUGUGUCUUCACCGCCACCACCGCCACCGUUGGUAACUGUGCUGCACACACCAUCUGCCGAGCAGCCAUCCACAACGGUAACUACCGAAUGUGAGGAUCCUUCGUACGAGGAUCCAGCGUUACGUGUGUCUUCACCGCCACCACCGCCACCGUUGGUAACUGUGCUGCACACAUCAUCUGCGGAGCAGCCAUCCACAACGGUAACAACCGAAUGUGAGGAUCCUUCGUACGAGGAUCCAGGGUUACGUGUGUCUUCACCGCCACCUCCGCCACCAUUGGUAACUGUGUUGCACGCACCAUCUGGGGAGCAGCCAUCCACAACGGUAACAACCGAAUGUGAGGAUCCUUCGUACGAGGAUCCAUCCACCAACACGGAGGAAUCGAUGCUGGAAUCGAUCGAGUCUCGAUCGGAGUCAAAAAUUGAGGACACCAGCAUGCCAUUCAGUGAUACUGAGCUUCCCUCCCUCUCAUCGCCAUUCACUUCUUUCUCUACCAACACCACCUUCACCAUCUCCGCCACCAUUAACAAUUGCAUGUCAACUAACCUCACGGAACAGGCAUCGUCACCUAGCAUUGACACUAACCCCUCGAAUAGCAAUCAAAGUAUCGUGCGCGAACCUUCUCCAGUUACCGUGCUGGAGGAACCGCACGCACUGGACUCUGUCGCUGACGCUUGUUCGAUCGUUGCAGCACAAAAAGUACCCGACCAUGAGCAGGUCACCGGCAAUGCAGAAGGAAGGACUGGCCCGACCGAGACGGAAGAUCAUGAGGCGUCCUUGGAUGUUUCGGACACGUUGAUACCGGGAUCGAUUGCCGAACGGGAGCAUAUGAAAUGGCGUAACGCUAAGCCGAUCGCUAACAAUCCUUACUCGCCAGAUGCACUCCAACGUCGGCUGUCCGAAAAGAGUCGACCGACCAGUAUGAUCGAGAUCGAUCGACUGGUGCGAAAGGAAGCAGCACCGGCUGCAGGCGACACGGGCGUUCAAAUGGAUGACGAAAAUCCACCCAAAGAGCCCACGGAUUCUGGUACAGAAAAUGAUCGUUCGUUACAAUCCGUUACAGGAGGUGCACUAGCGGAAAAGAAGAAGAUCGGACGAGAAUACUACAUCAAUGAUCCCGAGCGUCUACGUGCGGGUGGUGCACCGGUCAAGCAAACGCUGGGUGUUCAGCAACAGCAACAUCAGCAAUCACACAGUACCGACGAUGAGAAAUCCCUUCUGCUUGGCCGCAACGUAGACGAUGGUGUAUCGAUGCAGCAAAAGCUCUCCCCGGACGCAUCGGGUAAUUCGCUGUACCGUUCGAGCAGCUUCGGCAAACAGCGAGAUCCUAAGGCGGAAGAUAUCUUUGCCGCCCGCCCCAUACAGGUGACGGCAGAUGAUCCGAUCCUGAAGCAGGGUACCAAGGUGAGCUACCUCAGUACGGCGGCGCGUGAGAUCUAUCUCAUCCCUCUGGAAGCGGAACCAAAUGGUUCACUGAUAAGCAACUCGUCCGAGCUAAGCUCCGUCAACUCACCAACCUCAUCAACUGCUCGCCCCGAACUGGACAGCCUUACGUACAGUGAAGAUUCGGAUGUAACACGCAUCUACGAUCUUACCACCGGUGAGGCGAAGGUUGUACGUACGAACCAAAUGGAAACGGAACGAGUGCACGAUACCAUCCUUCAAAUACUACCUCAAUCAUCAUCAAGCCCGGCUAAGUCACUGAACACUAGUCACCCAGUGCCAGCAGGUAUCAACGUAUCUACCCUUAAGUCUCAGCUGUCCACCGGCGAACGGACGGAUGAUCGUACCCAAGCACGCCGGUCACCCUUCCCAGUGAAACCACUCUCACCGGAAACGAUCAAAUUCUUUGCACCGAAACGUAAGCUUAGCUUCACCGGUAGUACCAACAGUUUGGUGAGUGAAGCGGCCAAAGGAUGUGAGCAGGGCACUACCCAAGUGCUGCCCUCGAUGCACUCGUCGCUGCACAUUGACUUUCCUGCCUCGCGGACGGCCACCGGUAGCGAGUUUACGAUCAUCGAGAAGGACGUGAUCGAUGUGUUGCCGUCGGUGAAGGAACUGGCCAAAUGUUACAGUGGUAGUACGAGUGAUGUCUCGACGUUGCCACCGAAACCACUGUACAAACCGAGGGUCAAACUUAGAAAGGACUUCAUCCGCCAGUCGUCCGAUGUGCUGAACGAGGAAGGGAUGCCGAGCGUUGAUGCGAAGGGUCAACGGCAGUACAGCAGCACGAGCAGUAUUGCGGUGCGGGAUGAAAUACGUGAGAUUCGGAAGCUCAAUCUGGAGGCUUACAGACAGUCGACGUACUACCCGAUGGCUCCCGGUCACAGCAUAACGGCGCGCAGUCUGUCCAAACAGAUCCGUGAGCAUAAGGCCAACAACGUAACAGACGAUCAUAAGGUGGGCCAGCAGGAGGAACCGCUACCGGCAGGUGACGGUGAUAUGAAUGGUGAGGGGAACAGUGAGGGUAAUGGUGACGAUGGCCAUACGUCACCGGAACGUCCCGGCAGUCCCGUGCUGCUUCCAGGACAUCUGAAGAGUAGCAUAGAGUUUUUCGAAAGCCUCAAGAACAAAUCGUAAACCCUACGAGCGGACAAACCCCGGACAUCGAUAUACCCUCACCAACCGGCAAGGAACACCCACCCGAGUGAGAGACACACACACAGAAAGCGAGGGAGUAAGAGUGAGAGAGUCGUUGUGCCAUUUUAAAAAGUCGCCUAGCGGGACCCCAGUGUGUGGAAAUCCAUUUAGUCAUGUAGUUUAUUUUUUCAUUUAAACUAACAAAACCCCAUUUAUCAUCGCUCAUUGCUUCGGUAGGAUGUAUUCCAGGGCUAGAUUUACAUAAAACGCAUUCAAAUGUAAUGUGUGUGCGUAUCGGUCGGGGUCAUCUUGUUUCCUCUCGCCAGUGGCGACAAUUUUCAAGAUCCAGUAAUUUCUAUCCAUCGUGCUUUGUGUAAGGAACAGCCCUACGUAUCGGGAUGUAGGAAUGAAGGAAAAACAUGCCCACACACCCACACCCACACAAAGGAUUAAUUUAUUAUUGGCUACGUUUGAAACACUUUAUUGGUUGGUUGUGUAUAGCGAUUCAUCGAUACGAUUCAUGCAUAUUUUAAAAUCUUCAUCUCCUGUUUUUUGUUACAUAUUUUUUGUAUUUUUUUUUUACCUUUGGUCAUUUAAUCGUCAUUUCAUUCCAUUUUGUUAUAUUCAUGCACUGUUAUUGAGUUUGUAGUUUUUUUUUUUCUUCUUUUAAUGUUCCUUUCUUUCCUGCAUUUACCAUUGAGCUUUCUGUUUUCACAAGUGGUUCA